AAAAGCCGGGAUUUUGCAUUUUGUAACAUAAUGUGAGGUAUCACAAUUUAUGAUACCAGUAAUACUUCAUUUAAUUUUAAAUAUGUUAUUUGAUCGUAAUCUUGAUUUUUUUGUUGUUGAUUUUUCGGUCAUUCCCCAUUCAAGUCGAUAGGAGCAGCACUGUCGAUACUGGAAAUAGCCACCCUAGAGCGUUCAAAAUAUGGCCGACAGUGGACUGACUUGAUAGAGAGACUUUAGUCAGUGUCAGUCAGUAGGUGAGUGAGUGACGGACAUACGAACCAGAGCAGCACUAGAUAAUGAACACGUUCACGGCGUCCUGACAGCUGCACGCGGCUCGGUUCCGGUGUCAGCGAGCGACAUGGACGGCGGCGAGAGGAAGGAUGUGAAGCUCUCAGCUGAAGUGGAGCCAUUUAUUCCUCAGAAGAAAGGUGUUGAUGCAUCUUUAUUACCCAUGAGUCUGUGCAGUGAGGGUGGAGCUGAGCCCACACAAAUCCCCUCCUACCUGAUCACAUGCUACCCAUUUGUACAGGAGAACCAGAACAACAGUCGGCAGCUUCCCAUGUAUAAUGGAGACCAUCGCUGGCAGCAGUUAAACCCAGGUCCUGGUGGGCCAUACCUGGCGUACCCCAUCCUCUCCUCACCUCAGCCCCCGGUCACCAGUGAUUAUCCCACAUACUAUCACGCCAUCAUGCCUACGCCCUGCCCUCCUGUGAUGGGUUUCUACCAGCCGUUCCCGGGGCCGUACACAGGGCCACUGCAGGCUGGCGUGUUGAACCCCGUGUCAGACUGCGGCGAAAGAGCUCCUCCACAGGGGCAAACACAGAGAGGGAGGGGUAUAUCACGAGCCCCUGUCAUGCAUAAGCAGCCUAUGUCUCAGCCAAUGAGAGUGAAGCGCCCUGUGAUGCAGAGUGUGGCGGUACAGAAGGAGGUGGGCACGGCCGGACCUGAUGGGAGAUCCAAGACUGUGCUGCUGGUGGAUGCAUCACAGCAGACUGACUUCCCAGGAGAGUCGUGCAGCAGCAGAUGUUCAUCUGACCAGAUGAGUGUUCUGCAGUGGAAGAAUAAAGCUCGUCGCAGACGCACGUCACAGCAGGAGUCGUCCAGUGAGCAAGGAGCCAGCGAGGCCGACAUUGACAGUGACAGCGGCUACUGCAGCCCCAAACACAACCAGACAGCCGCCAACACUUCAACCAAUCAACAAACAGCGGCAACGGCUGUGGAUGCAGGCGUCAUGACAGCUGUUAGCUGGGGGAAUGUUGGAUCACAUGUCACUCAGAAAGCAUGGACAGACAGAUCUGUGGCCUACCACAGAGGCAGUAAAACACCUGAGCUGAGGAACUACUCGCAGGACUUCCAGAUGAAUUUUGGAGGUCAUGGAGGAGGACCGAGGAGGUCACAGCCUGUGUCAUCACAGACACCCAACACACAUCUCACCCCUGAACCACUUUACUUUCAGGAUGAGGAAGAGUUUCCUGAUCUGGCCACAGGUGGCGCUGCUCAGCGAAAUAAGACAGACUUAGCAGCACAGACCAAACUGCCCAAAAACCUGCUGGAUAAUCUUUCAGAGAAUUCUCCAAUUAGUAUCGUACAGACACCAAUCCCCAUUACCAGCUCUGUGCCAAAAAGAGCCAAGAGUCAAAGGAAGAAAGCUCUCGCCGCUGCCCUCGCCACAGCACAGGAGUAUUCAGAGAUCAGUAUGGAGCAGAAGAAACUACAGGAGGCUCUCUCUAAAGCAGCAGGUAAGAAGAGCCGGACUCCAGUACAAUUGGAUCUGGGUGACAUGUUGGCGGCACUAGAGAAACAGCAGCAGGCCAUGAGAGCUCGACAACUCAACAACACCAAACCACUGACUUAUACAGUUGGUACAAUGGGCGCUCUACACAGUAAAGACAGUACUAGCAGCAGCAGUCGAGUGACAUACACCCCCCCACACAACAUCCUGGACUCCAGCGCACCCCGCAUCAAGAGAGGAAAAGAACGAGAGCUUCCCAGAGUCAAGAAGACCACCGCUAUGAAGAAGAUCAUUCUGCAGGAGCGUGAGGUGAAGAAGGGCAAGGGUUCUGCUGAUGUCACUGCGUCUGGCGCUGAUGAGCAGAGAGACAGUCUGACCUUCACCGACACACUCACACAAGAGCAAGAUGAGAACGGUCUCAGCGUUCCCAGUGAUGCGUCUCUCUCUCCAGCGAGUCAGAAUUCUCCAUACAGCAUCACGCCCAUCUCUCAGGGGUCUCCAGCGAGCUCAGGAAUCGGGAGUCCCAUGGCUGCAUCUGCCAUCACCAAAAUACACAGCCGUAGAUUCAGAGAGUACUGUAAUCAGGUGUUGAGUAAGGAGAUCGAUGAAAGCGUGACUAUGCUCCUUCAGGAGUUGGUGCGCUUCCAAGAGCGAGUGUAUCAGAAGGAGCCAAGCAAAGCCAAAGCCAAACGCAGACUGGUGAUGGGCCUCAGAGAGGUCACAAAACACAUGAAACUACACAACAUCAAGUGUGUCAUCAUCUCACCCAACUGUGAGAAGAUCCAGGCCAAAGGUGGACUGGAUGAGGCUCUAUAUAACGUGAUUGCCAUGGCGAGGGAACAGGAGAUCCCGUUUGUGUUUGCUCUGGGUCGCAAAGCUCUGGGCCGCUGUGUGAAUAAACUCGUUCCUGUGAGCGUAGUGGGGAUAUUUAACUACUUUGGAGCAGAGGGUCUGUUUAAUAAGCUCAUAUCUCUGACGGAAGAGGCGCGGAGGGCGUAUAAGGACAUGGUAAAUGCUCUGGAGCAGGAGCAGGCCGAGGAGGCCUUGAAGAAUGUCAAGAAGGUCACGCAUCACAUGGGCCACUCCAGAAACCCUUCUGCUGCCAGCGCCAUCUCCUUCUGCAGCGUCAUAUCAGAACCCAUAUCAGAGGUCAACGAGAAGGAAUACGAGACCAACUGGAGGACAAUGGUGGAGAACACAGACGCGCCAGAACCGGUCAAAUCUGAACCUAGCAGAGUGACCAUUAAAGAAAAAGAGGUCACGUCAUCCCAUCCACUGCCAGCACCCAACCAGAACCCGAGCUCGAACACGAACCCUGCGGCCACUCGAGCUCCAGAGAAGGAGGAGUCUCGCACAGAUGAUUGUCUUGAGUGGGCAUCGCAGCAGAGCACCGAGACCGGCUCUCUAGACGGCAGCUGCCGAGACCUGCUCAACUCCUCCAUCACCAGCACCACCAGCACACUGGUGCCCGGAAUGCUGGAGGAGGAGGACGAGGAUGAGGAGGAGGAAGAAGACUACACCCCCGAGCCCCUUUCAGUGCAGGUGCCCCCACUCAGCUGCAGGAUUGAAUCGUGGGUCUCCAAAACACUGGAGAAUCUGCAGCUGCACAGACCAAGUGACGGCAGUACUGAAGAUGAGGAAGAUGAAGAUGAGGAGGGGCAUCUGAGCGAUGAGGAAGAGCUUGAAUCGUCUGAUCUCGCUGAGCCGGUGGCGGAUGGCAAACAAACCCCUGAACCAUCCACACAUGCAGGCUGAGCGACCAUACGCACCUCAUUACCCGAAGUUUCAGUGUCACAAAACACAAACAUUAACUCAGGAAAUUGAAAUGGACAGACCAACACACACACAGACACUCUGUAGCCACACAACUGUAAAGGAAUAGUUCACCCAAAAUUAAAAUUCAGCAUUUAUUCACUUUCAUAUCAUUUCAAACCUGUCUGAAUUCUUCUGUGUAACACAAGAGAUGUUUAUUCUGUUCACGCUGCUGUUUUCCAUACAGUUAACAGAGACCGCCAAAAAGGACAAAAAAGGCCGUUCAAGAACCAUACAAAUUUGAUUAAGCAGUCUAUAUGAAUCAUGUGCUAUAUUCCAAGUCCUCUGAAAUCAUACAGUAGCUUUGUGAGGAACAGACCUAAAUUUAAAUUUCAAACCAAAUUUCAAACCUUCCCCUUUCCAGGAGCUCUCUAAACAUCUCUUUUUGUGUUCCACAGAAGAAAGAAAAGUCAUACCGGUUUGGAGCAAAACUCCUCAUCCAUUCCUCCGCGCACACACACACACACACACACACACACACACACACACACACACACGUCUCUUUCUGCAGAUCGCUGACAUGUCUGGACACAUGGAUGUGUGUUUUCUCACUGUCUCUUGUCUGAGUGUGUGUUUGCUUUAACAGUCAGCAAGAAUCCAGUACAUGCGACCUAAACAAAUAUAAACUAUUAACAAAAACACAACAGACGACAAGAUGUGAGAGGGACUCAUGCAGAACUAAUUUUAUGAACAUAUGAAUGAAUCUUUGUUGUAAAUAACAUGUUUAAAUGGUUCUAAUACUCAGUCUUGUUCACUUGUAUUUGUCGUGCUUGAAUUAAAUCCGAUCAGCUGGUUUUGAGGGUGUUUCUUUGGUUUUAUUUUUGUUUAUCAUUUGUUCUGUCCGAGUCGUUCAGGUGGAUUUAUUUCUCCUGGUACUAGUUGUACUGGUUAAAUCAUUUUGUGCAGGUAGUUUAUAUUGGUAAAUUGCUGUACUGUAUACUGGUGCUUUUGGUUUGGGUGGCAGCAGUUUUGGGUAGGUAUUGGCUGGUAAAAUGUCCUGGUUCAGUUGGACAUAAGAACCGUCAGUCACAACUGCUGCAGCUCUCCGUCCAAUCAGAAAUUGAACAUCUGAAUCUGAGUGAGUCUAAUGAAAACAUGGCAAGGUCACAGUUCACUCCAAUAAUACAUAAGGACCAUUGAGAUCUUUUGCAUUGUAACAUUUUCAUGACAAUUUAACAUUUUCCUCCAAAUUUGUAUUAUUCUCAGGUGAUUAAAAAAAACAACAAAUUGGAUUCAUUACUGCAAUAUAAUACUGUAAAAAUACAUGUGAUUUGAUUUAAAUCAGCAGCAAACAUUGUCUAAAUAUUAAUAUAAAAAUAUCAUUAUAGUACAGUAGCAUUUCAGUAAUGAGAGUUUUUGGAAUGUGUUUGUGAUGCAAUGUCACAAUGACAAAAGUUUUAAUUGUUCUAAAAAUUGGCCUCAUUUUCCUUUGUUUGAUUUUGGGGUAAAAUAUGAGCCAGACAUGUUCUCAUGAGAUUCCCCCCUGACUUCCACGGUGGGCAUGUGUAUCUUUAACUGUUAUUCACUCUGAUUUCCACUGGUCUUUCUCCUUAAUCUUUAUUAUUAACAGGUCUGAGUGUUUUUGAGAAAGGAAUCAAAGCUAAACCACUUUAAACUCCAAAUGAAGGAUAUCUGACAAUAUAAUGGCGUUAUCUCGAUGUACAUUCACAAAAAGAAUUUCAUGGUAAAUGUAUAUAUGAAAGGCUUAAUUAAUGACUAAUGGUAGGGUGAAUUGAAUGUUUAAGAGCUGUCAGAUCCAAUUAAAUGCAACAGUUGUGAUUGUUUUUCUCGUGUAAACCGUUGAAAAUUUCUGGAGCAACAUCUCAGUGCAAUAAGCUUCUUGUAGCAGGACUCUGGCACCACUAUGUUUGGGUCGGCGUGGAGCUAAUGGAUCUGUGUCUCUCUCUCUCUCUGUGUUUGGAGUGAUUUUCAUUGGCGUGUCUUUUGCACUAUGUACAUAAACGUGAACAUGCUUUGGUAACUAAUGUGAACCUAGCACUCAUCUCUGAUGUGUCAUUUUUAGCAUUUAUUAUGAAGUCACAGCGUCUUUUCAUCUGUACAUGCAGUAACUGUUGACUGAUCGUUAAUACAAUUAAACUGUUUUCAGUAAACUACCUCCUCUACC